AUGAAUAUACACGGCGUCUCAGGCCAUCCCGAACCUGAUUCAGAACAUCCUCCGAUAACAGCUUCAAGUCCUCCGACUCCGAAGCUGAAGAUUAGUCCCAGAUUGAAUCGCUGGUCCAUGGCCAGAGCUUUACGAUCCGGUGUUAAAAUUGACCGUCCAAAACAUAACUCGCCUCGCCGUCAAGUAACGGAGGAGGAGGACGCUGAUAGGAAGACGACGUCGAAUAUAGACGGUGGUGGUGAUGACGUGGAGAUAACGGCGGGAAAGUCUCUAUAUUUGGUUUCCGACGGGACUGGGUGGACGGCGGAGCACUCCGUUAACGCCGCUUUGGGUCAAUUCGAAGAUUUCAUGCUCAAUCGUGGGUCUUCUGUAAAUACACAUCUCUUCUCUUGGGUUGAGGAUGAGGAGAAGCUGAUAGAGAUUAUAAAGCAGGCGGCGAAAGAAAAGGCAAUGUGUUUCUACACUUUAGCCAAUCCUUCAAUGUCGAAAUCCGCAAAACAAGCUUGUGAUCAACAUGGAGUGCUUUCGGUUGACAUUCUAGGACCAAUCAUCGAAGGCAUCGCGUCUCACUUGGGUGUUUCACCAUCAGGUCUGACCCGUGGAGCUCAAGGCAGGGUCAAGACUCUCAACGAUGCAUAUUUCAAAAGAAUCGAAGCCAUUGAGUUUACCAUUAAGCAAGACGAUGGGACUUUACCAGAGAACUUAAGCAAGGCUGAUAUCAUUCUUGUCGGGGUUUCACGGACAGGGAAGACGCCCUUGUCGACUUACAUUGCUCAGAAAGGGUAUAAAGUCGCGAACGUACCGUUUGUGAUGGGCGUGGAACCGCCCAAGACGCUCUUCGAGGUUGAGCCGAGGAAGGUUUUCGGUUUGAAGAUCGAACUCGUUGUGCUGCAAGCGAUUAGGAGGACACGGGCUAAAACGUUAGGCGUGGAUAGAGAAGCAGAGAACAAUUACUCGGGGUUCGAUCUUGUUCGGAGAGAGCUAGAUUUCGCAACAAGGAUCUAUGCCAAAAACCCCGGAUGGGCUCUAAUAGAUGUGACGAAUAAGGCGAUUGAAGAAACCGCAGCUGUGAUUCUGAGGCUUUACCAUGACGCUCAAGUCAAUGCGCAAGGCUUGAAGGUAGGUUUCUACGGCAAAACAUGCCCACAAGCGGAGGGUAUUGUCAAAAAGAUCGUGUUCGCUGCGAUGAAGAAAGCGCCUACGCUUGGUGCUCCUUUGCUUAGAAUGUUCUUCCACGAUUGCUUUGUUCGGGGAUGUGACGGAUCAAUUUUGUUAGAUCUACCGAAAAAUCAAACCGAGAAGAAUGCUGUUCCUAACCUAAGCCUUCGAGGGUUUGGAAUCAUAGACGAUUCCAAGGCAGCUUUAGAAAAAGUGUGUCCGGGCAUUGUUUCUUGCUCUGAUAUCCUAGCCCUCAUCACUAGGGACGCGAUGGUUGCUCUUGAAGGACCAUCAUGGGAAGUUGAAACCGGAAGAAGAGACGGUAGGGUUUCUAAUAUCAACGAGGUUAACCUGCCAUCACCUUUUGAUAACAUCACCAAGCUUAUCACCGAUUUUCGUUCUAAGGGACUCAACGAGAAAGACCUAGUCGUGCUUUCAGGUGGACACACUAUUGGAUUGGGACAUUGUCCUCUAAUGACAAACAGGCUUUACAACUUCACCGGAAGAGGAGACAGCGACCCGAGUUUGGACUCGGAGUACGCCGCUAACCUGAGGAAGAAAUGCAAGCCGACCGAUACCACGACGGCUCUAGAGAUGGAUCCGGGAAGUUUCAAAACAUUCGACGUGAGCUACUUCACGCUAGUGGCUAAAAGAAGAGGGCUUUUCCAGUCGGAUGCUGCUCUAUUGGACAACUCAAAGACUAGGGCUUAUGUCUUGCAGCAGGCAAGAACUCAUGGGUCAACGUUCUUUCAUGACUUUGGUGUCUCAAUGGUCAAAAUGGGUCGGAUCGGAGUUCUUACGGGUCGUGCCGGGGAGAUCCGUAAGGUGUGUUCUGUUGCUAGCUAA